AAAAUCAUCGCACUGCUACUUAUAACAACUUUUUCAGUUUUAUGCGGACUUUGCCCACUUCGUUUAAUGAAAAACUUACCAAAAAUCUUAACAAGACAUAAGGAAACUGUGGAAUUUGUGCUGUGUGGUUUGCGGUGUUUUUCUGGUGGAAUAUUUCUGGCCACGUGUUUCUUACAUCUAGUACCUGACACAACUUCUAAAGUUGAAGCAGUUUUAAAAAACAUGGGAUCAAGAUCUAAAUUUCACGUGGCAGAAUUGUUAGUGAUGGCUGGAUUUUAUGCUGUAGUGUUUGUGGAACAAAUUAUCAAAAUUUUAUAUCUUAGAGCAUUAACUCACGAACAAACGUCAAAAGAAAAUAAGUAUGAAAAACAAAAUGGAAAUUUAGCAGUAAACACUUUAGACAUGGAGAUUGAGUCAACACCUCUUCAGGAAUUGGAGGUAAAAAAUGUAGUUAGUGAACUAAGUAAGGGUGAUGUUAGUAAUGGUGGACAUUACCGUUCUAUUAUUUACUUAAUGGCGCUGUCUUUUCAUGGAAUAUUUGAAGGGAUGACAUUAGGAUUACAAAGUGGGGAAAAUAAUGUGUGGGGUUUGUGUUUUGCCAUUAGUGUUCACAGGUGUGUUCUAGCGUUCAAAUUAGGCAUGGAUUUAUGUACUACUGACGAAAAACAAGGGACGUCAUUUCUGUGUAUUGGAACCUUUGCUGUGAUUUCUGCACUAGGUAUUGUGAUAGGAACUAUAAUAUCAUCAGGAGCGAUGCUAUAUGACGAUGUGACGGUACCGGAUGCUAUUCUACAAAGUUUAGCUACCGGAACUAUUAUCUAUAUUAUAUUUUUUGAUAUUUUA